AAAUUAUUUCUCAAUAUCCUAUUAUUUUCAGUUAAUAAACUAAAAAAUUUACUUAGGGUAUAUUGAAGUAUAUUGCACAUUCAUUAACAAUGGGAGAUUAUUAUAAAAUAUUGGGAGUAUCAAGAAAGGCAACUGAUUCUGAAAUAAAGAAAGCAUAUAGGAAAUUAGCUUUACAAUGGCAUCCUGAUAAAAAUCCAGACAACAAAGAAAACGCAGAAGCUAAAUUUAAAGAAAUUGGAGAAGCAUACGAUGUUUUAUCUGAUAAGGAAAAACGGGAAGUAUAUGAUCGCUACGGUAAAGAAGGAUUACAAGGAGGUGGUGGAGGGGGAGGUGGAUUUGAUUUUGGUUCUAAUGUUCAUCAUCAUUUCACAUUCCGAUCGCCAGACGAAAUUUUCAGGGAAUUUUUCGGAGGUCAAGAUCCAUUUGCAGCUUUUGAUCUCGGCGGUUUUCCAGGCUUCUCUAAUCGACAGUCUCAUAAUGACUUUUUUGGAGGGUUUGGAUCAGGGUUUGGGGGAUUUUCGGGAUUUCCUGAAUUCUCAGCACUUGAUAAUGGUCGUGGAGGAUUUGCUUCUUUUUCAUCAUUUUCAUCGGGUCCCGGAACACAUGCCAACGUAAGAUCAGUUACUAAAUCAACAAGGAUAGUUAAUGGAAAAAAAGUUGAAACCACAAAGACCAGAGAAAACGGUCAAGAAAGAGUUGAAGUUAGAGAAAAUGGAAAACUGACAUCAGUAGUUGUUGAUGGUGUUUCUGAUGAUUAUGAAUUGGCUUUGGGUAUGAGUCGAGACCAAGCUGCCAUUGACACUGGUUCAAGUUCUCGCCAUAGGUCUUCCCACCAUCAUCGCUGGUCGCCCGCAGGUCACUCACGUCAUCACCAUGGACAUGGACGCAGUAAUCGUUAUGGUAGAUCAAGGACAAGUCCAAAUGUUUAUUAUGAUGAUUCCAGCGAGGAUGAAGAUGUAAGAAUAGCAAAGGAAAGAAGUCUUGCUGAUCAAGAACAAAAGCAUAGAAAGAGACCUGGUUCAAAAGUAUAGCUACUACAGUCUCAGCACUCUUAUGGUCUUCAAAACUGAUUAUGUUGUAUAGAAACAAAUAUUUUUUUCUUUAUUAUAUUGCUGUUGUACAGCUUUUUUGUAGUUUCUUUCUGUUGUUAUUCAAUAUUUUACUAAUAACAAAUGGGUAACGACGUAUUUGCCGACAUAAUGUCUCUCCAAAUGGUAACUUCUACAACGGUGGAUGUAAAAACUUGAAUGAUUUCAUUUUUAUCACUUUCUGUUUGUGUGUUUAUUGUCCUAUCUUUCUUAUGCUAACUUGAGAUUAGCUUAUGGUUGUGGGUUUUUUGUGAACUUGUGAAAGAAAAAUGGUCUGUCUGUA